CGCCUCCCCUCUUCUCUCUCCCCGCAUCCGAAUACAAAGCGAGAAAAGGAAAAGAAGACAAACAGGAAAGAUGGCGUCCCUGCUCAAAGCGUACAACGCGCUCCUCAUCCGCCGCCCGAUGGCCGCGCAGUGCGCAACCGCCGCGCUGCUCUUUGGCGCGGGCGACGUGCUCGCGCAGCAGGCGAUCGAGCGGCGGGGACGGCGGCACGACUUCGUGCGCACGGCGCGGCUGAGCUUUUACGGCGGCGCCCUCUUCGGCCCGGUCAUCACCAAAUGGUUCACGCUGCUCAACCGGCUGCAGUUCGCGUCCCCCACGCGUGGGAUCGUGUACAAGGUGUGGCUCGACCAGGCGAUCGCGAGUCCGGCGGUCGUGGCAUACUUCUUCACGUCGAUGACUUUGUUGGAGGGGAAGCCGCUGUACGAAGUCGGAGAGAGGCUGGGCGACGCCUACGUCCCCACGCUCCUGCGCAACUGGUGCGUCUUCGUGCCGGCGCAGGCGCUCAACUUCGCGGUGGUGCCCGCGCACAUGCGCUUCGUGUUCGUGAGCGUCGUGUCGCUGUUCUGGAACACGUACCUGAGCGCGGUGAACGCGCAGACGAAGGCGCGCGAGGAGGGGGCGGGGGCGGGGGCGGGGCACGCCAGGGUCGAGUGA